AUGGCGUCCGUUGAGAGUGUACCCGCGUACUUGCACCCAGGAGUCUCGGUCUCGCAACCCCCACAUCUGGAAGGCGACCCGUCGUUCGCCACGGAGAUAUUGCCUGGUCCCCCGCCUCUAGGUUCUAUCCAGCAGGUUGGUCUCCCGAGGAAAGACCACAAAAAGACCUCCCUCGCACUCUCGUAUUUGCCCGCUUCCGACCCUGGCACAACUUAUCCGAACCAUCUCGCAAACAUCCUCCCUGCUGCCCCCAUCGACAUGGAUGGGUCACGGCGGAAACGGGCUCGACUGGACAAAGGUAGCGAGCGGAAUCGAUCCCAACGUGCUUCAGCUCGUAACCUCUCCGCCGCUGGUCCCAUGUCCGACCCAAUCACGGCGCCUGAAAUCGCUGCCUCGUCAUCGCAACUUCCGCCAGACUACGACCCGCUCUUGUUGCCUUUGGACUCGGACGACGCUAUCAUGUCUCGAGCGACGACUGCGCAUGCUGAAGACUCCCCUCCGGAAACUGCACCACCCAUCAAGCGUGGUCGAGGUCGUCCCGUGAAGGAGAAUGGAAAGGGAAAGGAGCGGGAGAGGGACCCUGUGGUUAAAGUGAAGGAGGAGCCGACCAUGGUGUCGCUGGGCAACGAGGUGGUCCCGUCACUGUCCAACGAAGACCACUGCUCUGCCUGCCGUUCAUUUGGCUCUCUUGUCUAUUGCGAUGGGUGUCCCCGCGCCUUUCAUCUGUGGUGUCUCGACCCUCCGAUGGAGUCAGCAGACCUGCCAGAGGGCGAACGGUGGUUUUGCCCCGCGUGUGCCCUUGAGCAGCGACCGCCACCGAAGCCACCUGCAUCCCUCAAGUUCAUGGGGCCUCUCGUUCACGAGCUGAGCUCCAGGAUACCUUCAGAGUUUCAAUUACCACAAGAACUCCGGACGUUCUUUAAAGACGUGGGUAGUAGUAUAAGGGGUUCGUACUUGGACACCUCCGAAGUCAAGCAAGCUCGACUAAACCGUCAUGGUCAAUUGGAGGACCGCGAUCCAUACAGGCUCAAGGAUCGCAAUGGCGACCCUGUCCUCUGCUAUCAAUGCGGCACCUCUGCGCUUCCCCCAGACUUAGCCGCCGAUUCUCCCACUGCAAAGCGAGCAAGGCGAGCAACGUCUAGCGGUAGCAGCAACUACAGCGCUGGGAGGGCUGUUAUCUCGUGCGACUAUUGCCAGCUUCACUGGCACCUCGACUGUCUUAACCCGCCCUUGGUCUUUAUGCCACCUUGGAACAAGAAGUGGAUGUGCCCUAAUCAUGCGGAACGGAUACUGCUACCUAAACGUCGCAUACCCCGAGCCAACGCAACACCUAUCGAGAUCACUAAGCCUCGCCAGUGGAACAACGGCAUCAUAGAGAUCACCGGCACCGAAGCAGCCCCAGCCCCCGUCGUCGUGCCACCCAAGUUGAACGUUGACGAGGUCCUGAUCAAUGGCCGUCGGUAUCGAGUUCCGGAGAGGAUCAUCACACUUGACUUCUGGGAUAAAAUAUCCAAGAACCAGGGCGGGUACUCUGAGGCGUCUCGCGAGGUUGAAGAUUCGAGCAGAAUGUCGUCGCCACUCACAUCAUUGAGCUCGCUCGACGACGAGAGCAUACCACCUCUAUCUAUAUCUGCGGACUCCUCACUGUACACCUUGGACGACGUGCGGUUUGCGGAGCUAUUGUGUGGCCUUCGUUUACAGAAUAUCUCUUCGGCGAGCGACGGUCAAACGGGUAGUAACUCUAGUAGCCUCCCUCGGGAGAUACCGCAGGCAGGUGCUGCCACCUCCCAGACGCGGAUCAAGCGAGAAUACGGCACCCUAUCUGGGGACCCCAAUGAAUUGAGCCUGGCGACUGUCAGCCCAGCCAUCGAAGGACCAUCGUCAGUGAGGCCCACAAGGCCCCGUCGUACCGCAGUCUCCCGAACCCCUGCCCCCGCGCGGAAUAGGUCAAGAGCCGCUCGACAUGCCGGAAGAUCGACGGAUGAAGUUCCCAUGGACGUUGACCUCCCUGAACUCGUGUUCUCCUCUGGGAAGCGACCCGAUGCGCGAAGGAAGGCUGCCCGGCCCCCUGAAACUUCCGAAGGUGCAACUACGAUUGCAGAACCGAUUGUCCACACGCCAAACGCUAUCUCCAAGGCGGCCGAGGCACUAGCGGCCGCAAACUUGAUCUCGGAUUCCGUUGCGCCCAAACGCAAGAGAAGUCGCACAUCUCGAAGACGGACGUCACCCGCCCCUGCAGCUCUUGCGGAUACCCCUGUUGCUGAUUCGGGGCGCCACGCCCGCAGCCAUAACAAGCACGAAGCGUCUGCCUCUACUCACACGGGCAAGGGGAAGACGAAUGGCGCCACCGAAGGCGGUUCGUCGACCUCUCGCAGCCAUGCCAAGCCAGUGACGCCUCCCACGGCAAAUGGUCAGGCCACUUCUACGGCUGUCGUCGAGCGCAAGCCGGAUGCCACCCCUACGUUGAAGAUUCGCCUUCCUCGGCUCAGCGCCUUGAAUUCGCCCUCACUUAUCCCCCCGGCCCCGGUCGCAGACGCGGCGCCGAAGGCCUCUCCCGCCAAGGUCGCCGUCGCCUCGACUUCCUCUCGCCCACGUCGGUCACUGAGGCGGCAGGCCUCAAUCCCCACCUCCAUGAACUCGGCGACCACGAGCGAUGCGAGCUCCAGUGCGCGCGUCAACGAGACCGGACUCGCCGCCAGCCCCAUCGAGUCGUUCUAGUUGUCACCCCACGCAUCCCUAAGCACGACAGAUCGUUAUCGUUAUUCUAUCGUGUCUCGCUCUCCCCCCAUACUGUAAGGUCAUGUAUUGCACUUCG